AUCUUGAUCGCGUCGCACUGCUUGCGAUUCGCCACGGCAUCCACCAUUCUCUGUCGACAAUCGUAGUCGAGAAUCGAGACUGCGAUUACGUGCGCGCCUGGACUCACCACGGCUUUGCAGCAAGCAGAACCUCGGAAUUCGUUCGGUAUUGAUUUCGUCGAGCUUCUUUGCCUUUCCCAGACAGCCAUCGAGUCUCUACGCUACAUUAUUGCCGUCCGAGUCCCAUUAAACAACCUUCAUGUUGGCAGGCGCAUGUGCUCAACGCCAUAUCUGUAGACGACUACCAGUCGAGUGCGGCGCAUCGCGAACACCAUGGAUUCAGAAAAUCAGACAGUGAAAGAGAUGGAUUCAGAGGCCCUACGAGCGACCAAGGCAUCGCCAUCGCCUAUUGACACUAAGUCAAGCAUUGCGGCGAAAGACGAACUUGUUACACCAGCGGCGAUCAAACAGGAACAGGCCCCUACUCCUCGACUUGCAUCACCAGUUGGUGAACGGCGCCCAUCAGACACCGAAGCGCAAGUCUCGAAAGCCAUCACCGCGCUCAAAAGCGAGAGCAGCAUGCGCAUGCAAUCGCCGCUUCGAGAAUCUUCUGUCCCGGUCCCGACUACUGAGCUCCCCUCAAGCUCAAAUCCCGCUUCGAAUCCACGAAAACGACCUGCUCCUGGCAAAACCAAGAAAGGUACGGCCAUGACCAUGAAGAAAGCACCAGCUGCAAAGAAGCGUCGCCUUGAACCGAAGCUGGCGAGAUCAAGGGCAGGCGGUAAGAGGACACCCGGCAAUUCUUCGCCAGCGCCAUCCGCGCGGUCCUUCUCGAUGGACGGACAUGUUCAGACUGAUGAUGGGGCAAGUGACGACGAUGCGGCCAAUGCUCGAUCGCCUGCUCCUUCCUCAUCUGGCGACGAGGAAGGAUCCGCGAACUCGGAUAACGACGGGGAUGUAUACUGUAUCUGCCGUCGCCCAGAUAAUGGAACUUUCAUGAUCGGGUGCGAUGGCACAUGCGACGACUGGUUUCAUGGAAAGUGUGUGGGGAUUCCCGAAGCUAACAAGAACCUUAUCGACAAAUACAUCUGCCCGAAUUGUACGGCGGCUGAAAAAGGGAUGACCUCGUGGAAGCGCAUGUGCCGACGUCCAGGAUGUCGACAGCCUGCUCGGAUUGGUAGGAGCAAGACGGGCGUGAGCAACCCGACACCGAGCAAGUAUUGCUCAGACGAGUGCGGCGUCCUAUACUUUCGCGCGAUGGCAUCAAAAACACGAGGCUCGAAUGACGACCAUUCAAGCAAUGUCAAAUCACGCUCUGCAGCACGCGCGAAAAUUGCUGCAAAGCAAGACUCCCUAUCCGUUGGAGCACGUGGCGGCGUUCUUGCUGCGGGUGAGGUUCGCGCAAUUCUUGAUGCGUCUGACAACGCCGAGAGCUUUCACAAACUCGGCCAGCCGCCAGCAUUGCCUCCGACGGCAGUACUUAGUCCGCCUCUGACUCCUGAGAACGGCGAGAACAACAAAGCAGCGAGUGACAAACCGGGCGCAAAUGACUUCGCAGCAGACCUGACGAAGAUCACCUCAGCGAAGGAAGAAGCGCGCUUCAGACACACUCUGCUCAAAUCUCGUGUCAAAUUUGUGGGCAUGGUCAAGAGCGCCAUCCCAGGACAUGCAGCAGCCCAAGAUAUCAAAGUUAAGGAAUUCUGUGGUUAUGACCGUAGAUUGGAAUGGAGCGAAGGAGAAUUCUGGUCAUGGUGGGAGCAACAGGAAGGAAACGAGAGCGCUAGCGGGACCAAAGACAUUCACGGGGACACCAAAAUGGCCAAUGGCGAGGCCAACGGCGAUGGGGCUACUUCCACCGCAAAAUCCGUUAAGCCUACCGAGAAAUUCGACGACGAGAACGAGCCGAUUGUCUGCUCCCGCAAGCGCUGCCUGCGUCACACGGACUGGCCAAAGCUGGCCCUCGAUGCUCUUCGCGCGGAAAUAUCCGAUAACAGCGAUCGCAUGCGUGGCCUGGAGACCGAAGAGCGUAAGCUACGAGAACAGGCCCUGUUGCGAAGUGUCGGAGGCCGAAAAGGCACUGGCUGGGUGGAAAAGCACGACGCUGCUGAUGCUGAGACUGUGGCUGCGGCUCAAUCGGUGCCGUCGGCAUCCAAACUCGAGACUGGUUACCCUGCAGAGGUCGCGACCUUGAAUGGAAUUGCGGAACCGAUAGUGGAGGACAGGACCGAUCUGAUCGGCGAUGUGGAUAUGGAUGGGUCCGAGAACAACACACGACCGACCGCGGAAUCUUCGGGAUCGCCCGCGGAUGAAGGCGUAGCGAGCGAGAGUUUGCCGCCCGUAGUCGAAGGUGGAAUCGCUGUUUGAUGCAGAUGUUUCAAUAGAGCAGGUGUCCGAUGCGAUGGUUGAGGCUUGGUGAAGGAAGGAGGACAUCACAACCUCUGGGAAUAUCGAGGGCCAAGUCAAUCGUGGCUAAACGACCGUCGCUCUCAGAUUACUGCCCAAUCCUCCGGACCCAUGUUUCGAAACACAUACUCGUAAUCAAACUUGCCCGAGCCUAUGAUACCACCUCUAAUCAUAAUAAUGUCUCUCCU